UUUUUUCAGAGUCUUGAGAGUCAUAGUAUGUGAACAUUAGGAGGAAGCCUCAGUGUUUAUAGAGUUAUUGGAGGAUGAUAGAGUAAGAGGCUUCCUUAAGAUCAGAUUGCUGCAAUGCAUUCUAGCUGGAACAACCUUUGAAAAUACAACUCAGAAAAUGAACUCCUUUCUAAGCAACUCAACUUUGCGGUGAUUCAGGUCGUCUUCUGAAGAGACAGACUCUUAUCUUAAUGAGUAACAAAGUUAAAAGAACACACGCUUACUUACAAGACAGCCCUUACUAUGGUGAGCAAAAGGAAUUUGAUCCAGAUUUCAAUGGGCCUGUUGACAAGAGGAGUUGUACAGAUGUUUUAUGCUGCCUGAUCUUCAUACUGUUCAUUUUUGCCUACAUUCUUUUAGGACUUAUGGCAUGGGUACAUGGCGACCCCAGGAGAGUGGCCUAUCCUACAGACAGCAGGGGCCACUUUUGUGGCCAGAAGGGCACCCCUAAUGAAAACAAGACCAUUUUGUUUUACUAUAACCUGUUCAGCUGUGCCAGUCCCUCAGUGAUGGUAAAUCUACAGUGCCCCACCACACAGAUUUGUGUCUCAAAGUGCCCAGAAAAAUUUUUAACUUACCUAGACAUGCAAUUUACAUCCAAGAAAAACAAAAAACACUGGGCAUACUACAGCCAGUUCUGCAAGUCUACUAUGGUGCAACCUGCCAAGACUCCUGCACAACUUAUAAUGGAUGAUGAUUGUCCAUCAGCAAUUUUUCCAAGCAAACCUUUUCUCCAGAGAUGUUUCCCUGACUUCUCUGUUAAAAAUGGCACUUUUACAGUAGGAAAUAAGACAAAGUUCCAAGAUGGAAGUGGAAAGACAAGAAAUGCUGUAGAACUGAGGGAAGCUGCAAAUCAUAUCAAUAAAAUCCUUGAUUCAAGGACAAUUGGACUGAAAAUAUUUGAAGAUUAUGCAACAACUUGGUAUUGGAUUCUCAUUGGCUUCACUAUCGCCAUGUUCCUCAGUUGGCUGUUUGUGAUACUCCUGAGGUAUACAGCUGGAUUCCUCUUCUGGGUCUUCGUGUUGGGUGUAAUUGGAAUUAUAGGCUAUGGAAUAUGGCACUGUUAUCAGCAAUACUGCAAACUUCAGGGAAAGCCAAACUCUCAGUUAACUGUAUAUGACAUCGGGCUUCAGAUUGACUUAAGCAUGUACUUUCAACUGAAACAGACGUGGUUUGCAUUUAUGAUAGCACUCUGCAUCCUUGAAGUGCUUGUUAUCAUCAUGCUGAUUUUCCUCAGGGACCGAAUUCGCAUCUCCAUAGCCCUGCUGAAGGAAGGGAGCAAAGCCAUUGGAUAUAUCCCUACUACAUUAUUUUAUCCAUUUUUGACUUUCAUUUUCCUCUCAAUCUGCAUUUCAUACUGGGCUGUGAUAGCAAUUUACUUGGCUACAGCAGGGGAACCUGUAUAUAAAGUCGUAACCACACAGGGGCAAUGUAAAUUUGAAAAUGAUACCUGUGACCCAGAGGUUUUUAAUAGAACCGAUAUCUCCAGAACUUGCCCUGGGGCUCGGUGUAACUUUGCUUUCUAUGGUGGAUCGACCCUGUACCAUCAAUAUAUCGGUACCUUCCAGAUAUUCAAUCUAUUUGUCUUUCUCUGGCUUAUCAACUUUGUCAUUGCAUUGGGUCAGUGCGCCCUUGCUGGUGCCUUUGCAACUUAUUACUGGACCAUGAAAAAACCUGACGACCUCCCACCAUGUCCACUUUUUACUUCCUUUGGAAGAGCCAUACGAUAUCACACAGGAUCCAUAGCAUUUGGAGCUUUAAUUCUUGCAAUAAUCCAAUUCUUUAAAUAUAUCAUAGAAUAUAUGGAGAGACGUGUUAAAGGUGCCCAAAACAACUUUGCUAGAUUCCUACAGUGCUGCCUGAUUUGCUGUUUCUGGUGCUUAGACAAAGCAGUGAAGUUUUUGAACAGAAAUGCCUAUGUUAUGAUUGCAAUAUAUGGCAAAAACUUCUGCAUUUCUGCGAGAGAUGCUUUCAAUCUGCUGAUGAGAAAUAUUUUAAAAGUUGCAGUUGUAGAUAAGCUUACAGACUUUGUACUACUCCUGGGGAAAAUUCUAGUUGCUGGGUGUAUAGGUAUCCUGGCCUUCUUCCUCUUCACACAAAGAAUCCCAAUGAUUGUAGAAGGACCAACAACUUUAAAUUACUACUGGGUACCUUUGUUGACAGUCAUUUUGGGAUCUUACCUAAUUGCACAUGGGUUCUUCAGCGUCUAUGCAAUGUGUAUUGAAACAAUUUUCCUCUGCUUCUGUGAAGAUCUGGAAAGAAAUGAUGGAUCUACAGAGAAACCCUACUUCAUAACCCCCACCCUUCACAGAAUUCUGAACAAGAAGCACCUAGUUCCCCAGAAGCAGAAAGAGUAGAAAAGCUCCAAACAGUGCCACUCAUUUUUAAGUAGAAGUUUUGUAAAUUGGGCCAUUUGUAAUGUGAAAAUGAUAUUUCUGAGUAAUGUGACAUUUCUGUGCUUAUUCCUCAAAAGCCUGAACUCACACCAUCCUGAAGUGUGAGGUGUUGGGUGACAGUAAUCUCUGUGAACUGGGAUACUUUGUAAGACCGUGUGGUCCCAGCUGAAAAGCAAGGUGUAAAUGUCAAACAUGUUUUUAAAGUCUAUAGCUGAAAGUGUUUUAAUAACUUUUAUAACUUGGCAUGCUGUUCCCCGUUGCAGCACUUUGAUAGCCUUUCUUUUUAUAAAUGUGUAUUUGUAAAGGAUAUUCAGGCAAUUUUUGAAAGCACUCUAAAUGUAUUAUCAAUUAGCCAUAAAAUGAUUGAUUUAUAGCUAACCAGCAUAUGGUACUAAACUUGUAAAUAUGGUGCUACGGUUAUAUUUAUAUUGUUCAAGCUGUGGACAACUCUCUAAACUGUGAUUAACUUGUAUUAAUGGUUCCCUAGGAAGUAUAUGUCAGUAAGUGAUUCAAAUCUAUAACAAAUACUGAUAUCUAGAUGUGAAUGUGAUGCAGGUUCCAUAGAGAGCAUUAAGUAAACUCUGAACCUUCAUAGCCCAUUUUGUUUCAGUGAAAUUAUAUUUAGAGUGAAGUUGAAUCUGAGUUCGAGAAUGUCAUUUCCAGUCAUUUGAACCUCUGGUCACCAUGCAAAUAUUUUGAACAAAACCGAAAUUGCAACAUAACUCAUGCCUUUUGUCUCUGCCCUAAACAGGGGCAGAUUCCUAGUUUCCUAUUCUCACCAGAUCGAAAAUCAGUAUAGAUUUAUUUCAGAAGAACUGUUACAUCUUUUCAAGAGCAUACCAAUUUUUCUAGAUUGAAAAGAUUGUGUGGUUUUGUUUGACAAAAGGUUUUAAUUUUAUUACAACUUUUCGUGAGGAAGGGGAAAAAGACGAGACACUUCAGAUUUUGCCCAAAGGAAGUAUACUAUUAAUCCUCCAUAGUUACCUCUACAAGGGGUGUGCUGUGGGUUAGGAAAUAUCUGCCUCAAGGGCUAGGGAGGAAAGUUACUGUCCCUCUCCACUCCUGCUGACCAGGGCAACAAGCUGGUCUCUGGCAGCCAUGACUAAUUUUGCAUGGCAGGGCAGAGCAUGAAUCAGACAUUCAGAUACUUUGUCUACCUAUCUGGUGUACAGAUACAUGAUAGGGUUAACAAUGUUAAAAUGUACCCCAGUAGGAACAUAAAGCCAACGGUAUCCUUUUGUUUUUUAUAAUAAGCUUGUGUAUGAGGAUUUUUCUUUAUUGAUGUAAAAUUGGUUUACAUCUUGUAUUUAUUUUAGGGGUUAUAGGUUCAAAUGUCUACAAAUGUAUGUCUGUAUGAGGAUUAUUUAUGUACUGACAGAAAAGAACAAGUUGAUAGUAUUUUUAUCUGAAUAGGAUCCAUGUAUCCAAUAAGAGAGUCAGAAAUGUAUCAUUGCAUUAAAAAUUAAUAUAAUUACUAAUGUAUUUAAUGAUCUGGAGUGUGGGAACCUAGAUUUUAUACUGAUUUCAUGCCAGUGUAAUAGGAAGAAGUUUAUGACUAGAGAAGGUUUCCAAAAUAUUGGUCCUCAUAAUGGCUACUAAUUUGUUCUUGGUUUACUUUCUAUAGAGAUGAUUGUUGCCAAAAGUGUAACUUGGCUUCAUAUCUCAACAAAGGGCUUCUUCACUGUCAUUCUCCUUGAAGUAUAAUUAAUUCAGAGAAAAGUGAUAACUUAUGUUUCUAGAUGGUUAUUAUUCUUUUGUUUAACAAUAAAAAGAUCACAACAAAGAUCUAGUAAAAUAGCUGCCUCUAUGUUAAUGUUGAAAAAUUCUAAGAAAUAAGUCUCCUUUAGGAGAAGUCAAAAAGUUUAUAAUGAUGAAAUUAGACAAUGGAAAUUUUUUUUUCUGUAUGAGCCACUUCCUGAGAACUUGUUAUAAUAUAGAUAGAUGCCUGUAUGCCACCCCAGUCCCAGAAAUUCUAACAUAUUCUGUUGGGAUGUAGGGCAGAUGGUGAAUUAUUGUAAUUUUUUUAGUUGAUUUUAAUAUAUGUAACAGUUGGAAAAUUACUUGAAUUACAUAUAAACAACAUGUGAGGAUGUAAUUCAUUUUAUAUUCUUGGCUGUUCUAGGAGUUAGAAAGUUGAGACAAUGAAGGACAUUACUUUGGAGACUUCUAUCGAUCAAAACUUCUUCUUGGUACUAGAUGGGUCCUAUGUAUUAAAAGUUUAUUGUAUUUGCUGAUUAUACCAGAAAAUUUUCUUGAGUGAAAAUGUUCAUUGAACGAUGUGGAGGCACAUUCUAAACUUGACUGUAUUUUAAGGAUGUAACACUUGGGUACAAAAUCACAGGGAAAGGAAUGACAUUUGGUUCAAUAAUUAUUAAUAAUUUCUUUAACACUUAAAGAAGGAUCUCUAAAUAUAGACGUUUUAACUAUAGUGUGAGCUUAUUUCUAGUCAUAAAAUAUUCUCGAUUAAUUACUUUUGUGUGUAAUUAAAAUUAAUGUAGAGUAAAAAUGAGCAUUGAUUUUGAGAAAAAAAAUUAGUACUGAUUUUCUUCAAAGCAAACUAGAAACAAAAAAAUCAGUACUUUUUCUCAAAAUUUGAAGCCUAUGGAUUUGAAAUAUACUAAAAUUUAUAAGCCUUACAUUUUCUAAACUUUACUAAGUUGUUGAUGGCAAAACAAAAAUGAUGUUGGACAAGUAUGGAAAUUUAGGAAGUAAAUUGAGAACAUAAUGCUUUAGGAAUUUGAAGGUGGUGAAUUUAGAAAUCCUAAUGAAUCUUGUUUUUUUGGUAAUCGUUCUUUUCACAAAAGACUAAGAGGCAUGCACUAUAUUGGCAGAAUCUGAUCUGGUACACCAUGAGGUAGUACCUUCUUGACAUCAAAACAAGGGCUGAUUAUUUUCUCAUAGUUAUGUUUACAAUAAUAUUGAUGGCAAACUAUGCUGCUUUUUUUUUUUUUUAACUGCUGUAAAGCAAGUACGCAGCAGAUGGCGAUGUUACUACUUUUACAAUCUUGCUUUGCUAUUUACUCUGUGCCGUUCUU